AUGAAGUCCUUCACGACGGCUCUUCUCAUUGCGGGUGCCUAUGCUGCCGCCGUUCCUGGAUUUCCAGGGGGCGCAGGUGGCUCAUGGGGUGACUGGAACCAGUGGGCCUCGGCCUCGUGCGAGCCGAAAACCACCACCGAGUAUUCGACCGCCUGGAGUACCGCCUGGUCGACGGCCUGGUCAACCGCAUAUUCGACCGUAACAACUGUCCAGGUCAGCACUGCCACCGUGCCGGCCACAAUUCCCGUCACUCAGUCUUCCACUGUGACGGUCCCCACGACCAUCGUCACGACUGUACCGACCACCGUCCCAGUCACCGUCCCGGUCACUGUUCCCGUCACUCAAUUCGCAACCGUGACGGUUCCCACGACCGUCGUCAAGCCGACCACCAUCUACAACACGUUGACGACCGUCAGCGUCAGUACUGCAACCGUGCCCACGACAGUGACCGUUCCCACCACCGUCUACUCGACCGUGACUGCCAGCCAAGGCUGGGGUGACUGGAAGGGCUGGAAUACCAAGGCCUAG